UACUCCCAAGAAAAAAGUCUUCAGAAAGAUCUCCAACAUUCUACCCUCUUCAACGACGGUCUCUGUAAGAAGAAACCGUCUCAAAAACUUAGUCCAGAAUUUUCAAGAACCUGCACACUUUCCAAGUUCAUCAAACCUUAUAAAUACCCGAACCAGACAUAAGUAUCAUUCAAACAGAAACAGCAGCUGCUACAAUUCAAUCUAGCUUCAAAGUCGCAAACAAGCAAAUUUGCAAUUUCUGAAGAAAAAAGUUUCUAGAAACAAGUUCAAAUCAGCUAUGUCAGUAUUCGGGCUGCGAUCACUACUCUCUGAUCCUGUCUUUUCAGAGGCCUUCGGUCUCGGGCCUUCGAGAACCGGCGCUAGUAUGGACUGGAAAGAGACCCCAGAAGCCCACAUCUUCAAAUUCGAUCUUCCGGGCCUGACGAAAGAGGACGUGAAGCUCCAAAUUCACGAUGACAGGGUGCUGCACGUAAGCGCAGACAGGAGAGAAGAAGAAGAAGAUUACGGCGAGAAGAGUAAUUUGAUCAAGUGGCACUGCAGAGAGCGCGUUGACUCCGGAAAUUUCUGCAGGGAGUUCAGAUUGCCGGAGAAUGCGCUGGUAGAUCAAAUAAAGGCGUCCAUGAGUGACGGCGUUCUGGCUGUGACAGUGCCUAAAGACCACAGCAAGAAGAAGAAGCAUGCCAAGAAACAUGCUGUUGUCAUUGCUGGUGAAGGAGAGCAUUCGGGGUCUACCAAAGGACUCGGCCGAUUUGUUUGCUGCAAAGCUUAAUUGAUUAAUGUAAAUAGCGUUGUUAGUACUCACACCAAGACGUUUUGCUUGUUGUUUGUGGAUGUGUUAUUACCAUCUAGGUGUUUGUUGAAAUGCUGGAGUGCAAUGGUAUUGGCAAAUGGAGAUCUUCCUAUAGAGCUUGUAAAUAAGUGGUGUUGGGUUGUGUGUUUGUUUUGUUGGCAGAAUGGAUUCGUUGUCAAAUCUAUCUUGUGAUUGUACGUAAGAAACGGUUGGUGCAUGUCCAGUUACAAUGUUAA